GUGAACAGCCGCGCAUGCGCACUGAAGCAAGUGUCGGACUUAGUCUACGGCGCAGCGACGGGUCUUUGUCGCCAUAGUGUGCUGGAAGUGAAGGCUGUUGUUCUGCCGGGGGGUUGUGAUGUUAGAGAUGAAUUCUCUCGAAGGCGGUGCAACAACGGGGAUCAAACCGCCGAACGAAGGCACAAGGGACUGCAACAACGUCCUACACGUUUCAGGCAGUCUGACAAACGGCAUCAAUGGGGUGGUGAGCAGCAGCCACCACAAGUCCUCAUCGGACAAGCACCACCACAGCAGCAGCAAGCACCACAAGAGCAGCAAGGAGCAUAACAAGGACGACCACCACAAACACAAGGACAAGCAUAAGGACAAGCAUAAAGACAAGUCCUCCUCGGGGUCCGGUGGAGGCACCUCUUCUUCGUCCAAGCACCGAGACGGCCACCAGUCUUCUUCUUCUUCCAAAGACCAUUCUGGCAAGGAGCAUAAGUCGUCAUCUUCCAAGCCCAAGGAUGACUCGACGAACGAGGUGAAAAAAGAGCCCUCCUCAAAAGAUGGCCAGACUGGCGAAUCAAAGCACAAGGAGAGUAGCAAGGACAAGGAAAGGCAUAAGGACAAGCACAGAGACAAGGAGAAGCACCGUAGCUCGGACAAGCGCCACGAGGGGUCCAAGGUGACCGUGAAGCAAGAGGCAGCCCGCAAGGAGGGCUCCCCGGCCAAGGCCCCUCGGCCCGAGGCUGCGUCGCCGCCUCAUCCGCGCAUGACGCUCGAGACGGAGACUGUUGUCAUCAGCGAGGUGAAGGGCGAGGUGCUCAGCGACGAUGACGUGCCUCUGUCUGCACGGAAACCUCAACGGUUGUCUGACCCUAAGGUUCUACCGAAGGCAAAACGGGCUCUGGAGUCUGAUUCUGAAGAAGACCAGCCACUCUCCAUCAGGACCCAGAAAGCCACCAAAAAGGUCAAGUCUGAGGAAAAACCCAAGAAGCGCAAGGCGGACAACGAGAGUGACUACGAAGACGACAUUAAGCCGGCCAAGAAGUCGAUGCCCAAGAAGGCCAAGCUGACGGAGGUGAAGACAGAGUCUGAGCCGACUGCUUCCAAGAAGAAGAAGGGCAGGGCCAAGAAGGAGGAAGAAGUGGAGGUGUGGAAAUGGUGGGAGGAGGAGAAGCACGACGAUGGCAAGAAGUGGCGGACACUGGAGCACAAGGGCCCCGUGUUUGCACCUCCGUACGAGCCGCUGCCCGACAACGUCCGCUUCUUCUACGACAACAAGGUGGUCAAGCUGAGUCCCGCAGCGGAGGAGGUUGCAGGGUUCUACGGACGCAUGUUGGACCACGACUACACUUCCAAGGAGGCCUUCAACAAAAACUUCUUCAAGGACUGGCGCAAGACCAUGACUCCGAAGGAAGCGGAGCUGAUUACCGACCUCAGCAAGUGCAACUUCAAGGAGAUUGAUGUGUACUACAAGCAGAAGAGUGAAGAGCGAAAGGCCAUGUCCAAAGAGGAAAAGCAGGCAAUAAAGGCACAGAAUGAGAAGCUGCUGGAGGAGUAUGGCUUCUGCAUCAUCGACGGCCACAGGCAGAAGAUUGGCAACUUCAAAAUAGAGCCGCCCGGGCUCUUCCGUGGCCGCGGGGAGCACCCCAAGAUGGGCAUGCUCAAGCGUAGGGUCAUGCCCGAGGACGUCAUCAUCAACAUCGGCAAGGAAGCGAAGAUACCCCCACCUCCCGAAGGCCACCGUUGGAAAGAGGUGCGCCACGACAACACGGUGUCGUGGCUGUCGUCCUGGACUGAGAAUAUUCUCGGGCAGACCAAAUACAUCAUGUUGAACCCCAGCUCCAAACUGAAAGGGGAGAAGGACAUGCAGAAGUAUGAGAUGGCCCGCAAGCUCAAGUCCAAGGUUGGAGUCAUUCGGGAGGACUACAUGCGCGACUGGAAGUCCAAGGAGAUGCGCAUCCGGCAGCGCUCUGUCGCACUCUACUUCAUUGACAAGCUUGCCCUGAGGGCGGGCAACGAGAAGGAGGAAGGAGAGACUGCGGACACGGUGGGCUGCUGCUCGCUUCGAGUGGAGCACCUGACCCUGCACGACAGCAAGGACGGCAAGGAGUUUGUGGUGGAGUUCGACUUCCUUGGGAAGGACUCGAUCCGCUACGUCAAUGCGGUCCCCGUCGAGAAGAGGGUCUUCAGGAACCUCAAGCUCUUCAUGGAGAACAAGAAGCCCGCCGAUGACCUGUUUGACCGGCUCAACACAAGCAUCCUGAACAAGCAUCUCAAUGAACUAAUGGAAGGCCUGACGGCUAAGGUCUUCCGUACUUACAAUGCCUCCAAGACACUGCAGGAGCAGCUGGAACUGCUCACGGAAGCGGACAUGUCGCUGCCAGAGAAGAUGCUGGCCUACAACCGAGCCAACAGGGCCGUGGCCAUCCUGUGCAACCACCAGCGGGCUGUUCCAAAGACCUUCGACAAGCAGAUGGAGAACCUACAGAAGAAGGUAGGCUUGUGCCGUUGCCGUGGACACGACACAUGGAGCAUUUCUUUUCUUUGGCCCAGAUGGAAGAGAAGGAGGCACAGAUUCGCGAGUGCAAGAAGGAGCUCAAGCAGCACAAGUCAGACUACAACAACUCACGGUCGGAGAAAGACAAACAGUGGGUGGAUUACUUUGUCCUGGAGAGUGCGGGUGUUUCAGCGCCGUUCACAAAUGCAGGCUUCUGGAGCGAAAAAAGAAGCGUAUGCAGCAGUUGGAAGACCAGAUGAAGAAGCUGGAGGUGCAGGCCACGGACAAGGAGGAGAACAAGCAGAUUGCCCUGGGCACCUCCAAGCUCAAUUACCUCGACCCCAGGAUCAGUGUUGCAUGGUGCAAGAAGUGGGACGUGCCCAUCGACAAGAUCUACAACAAGACCCAACGAGACAAGUUCCGCUGGGCCAUAGAGAUGGCUGGUCCAGACUACAAGUUUUGAGCGCCCCCCAACAUCCAGGCGUAGACUGGACUGACCCACGACACCCCGUCCCUGCAUGGAAGCUGCCGUUUCACAAACCAAGUGUCCUCCAAGAGGGAGCAAAGGGUGGUGGCCCGUGCUGCCGCCGCUCUCUGUGCGUGUGUGCAGUAGGGGGAGGGAUCUUCUAAAGGUGUGGCUUCCUUUCACAGUUGCUUUGCCCCUCUCCAGCUAGUUUUCUUCCUCUCUUGAGCAGGAAGAGAGAAACAUCUCUUGGCAUUUGAUUGACUCGAGUGAGUUAAUUAACUGUUUGAUUUGGCAGUGUGUUAAAAGAAAUGGGAAGACUCGAUGCCACUGUGGUGCAUUUUUGUGUAGAUCAUUCUGUGCUGUCUUUGGAUUGCUUUUAAGUGAGAAAAUUUUAUUUAUGGUUUCUUUGUGUGAUUGAGUGCAUUCCUUGGCAAUUCUGACAUUUUUGCCUUUAUAUCCAGAGGCUAAAAGGAAUGCAGGAUGCCUCUAUUCCCUCGGAAAAAGGAUAGUUAAAAUGGUACUAAUUUCUGUUUCCUUUGGACCAGAUUCCACCUUGCUUGGAAUGUUUUCAAGGCUCGGGCACCUAUUAAAAAUUCUCAAUUGUUGCCUCCACACUUUUUUCUUAAUUUUUGAGGAAGCUUUAGCUUUUUAGGAUAACAAAAAACUUUUCCAAGUAGGAUUCUUACAAUUGAUGAACUGUCUUGAGAGAUGUGUUGAAAUUCAUUGUCGAAAUGGUGGAAAACCUUUUCCGAUGGUUCCAGUCUCUGGUGUAUAGGAACCUCUUGAUUGAGACACGCAGCUAUAGACUGUGUAGAGGGGGGAAAUUAAGUAAACUUGGUACUCUAGAUCUGUCAAAUUUAAACUUGUUUUUUUUUUUUUUUUGUUAUUCUUUAAAAGAAACUGACAUCGAUAGUCUAGUUUUAGGUCCAUGUCAACUCUACUCUAAAUCAUUGUAUGCUAAACUUGCACGAUCGUUUCGCUAUCGUACACAAGCACCCUUAACUGUGGAGUAAACAGUAUCAUGUGCCGAUUUUUUCUUUUUCAUUGUUUCUUGUCGUCAUUUGCAUUCUUUAGACAAGGGGAUGGCGGGGGUGUUUCUGGGCCAUUUGUAAACGUGCAUUAUUCAUUUUUUGAGCAUUGUCUUACCAUAUCAGAAGUAAAAGCAAAACAACACUC